CUUUAAAGAGGUAGUACGCGUAAUAAAGCAGAAGGCGAACCUUAGAUAUAGUACAUCAAACUUUGUUGUUUAUAUAGGAUAAGUGCGAGUAUCUCAAUCUGUUUCUUGAUCCAAAGGUAACAGUCCUUUACUCAUCAAUAUUUCAUUUGAAUAUGCAUUCGAAGAAUUAUCAAACGCCCAAAGGUAAAGAUGAUUUAAUAGGUAUUAUCCCUUCAAAAGAGUCUUCAAAAGACAAGAAUGCACUCGACGAUUCGUUUGAAAAAAUCGAAUUGCACUUAAUGCACGUGGUCGGCUCUAAAGAGCGGAAAAUUGAGGAAGCCGCGUGUGAACGUGAAGCGGAUAAUGAAGGCAAGGAGAGGGACGCAUGGAGCAGCAAGUUCCAGUACAUCCUCGCCCAGGUGGGCUUCUCAGUGGGCCUUGGCAACGUCUGGAGAUUCCCAUAUUUGUGCCAGAAAAACGGAGGCGGAGCCUUUCUUUUGCCCUACGUCAUUCUUCUUUUUCUGAUUGGGAUUCCACUGUUCUUCCUGGAGCUGGCUGUGGGCCAGCGCAUGCGCCGAGGCAGCAUCGGCAUCUGGAACUACAUCAGCCCUCGACUGGGUGGCCUCGGCUUUGCCAGCUGUUUGACGUGCCUUUUCGUGGGUCUUUAUUACAAUGUAAUCAUCGGAUGGAGCGUGUACUACCUCUCCCAGUCGUUUACUAAAAAUCUGCCUUGGCAGCACUGUCCGGUAAUCGAAGGAAAUGUGGUGCCUGAGUGCGAGAAGAGCUCGGCCACCACCUACUACUGGUACCGUGAGGCUCUGAAUAUAUCCGACACCAUCUCCGAGAGUGGAGGAAUCAUUUGGAAGAUGGCACUGUGCCUAAUGGGUGCUUGGGUCAUGGUGUGUCUGGGCAUGAUCAAAGGCAUUCAGUCUUCAGGGAAGGUGAUGUACUUCAGCUCCCUCUUUCCCUAUUUGGUGCUAUUCUCUUUCAUGGUGAGAUCACUCCUACUGGAAGGUUCUGUGGACGGCAUCAUCCACAUGUUCACCCCCAAGGUGGAGAUCAUGCUGGAUCCUAAAGUUUGGCGUGAAGCUGCUACGCAGGUGUUCUUCGCUCUCGGCCUAGGUUUCGGCGGAGUCAUUGCCUUCUCCAGUUUCAACAAGCGCAACAACAAUUGCCAUUUUGAUGCCAUCCUCGUUCCCUUCAUCAACUUCUUCACAUCUGUGUUGGCCACAGUGGUGGUGUUCGCCGUGCUCGGCUUUAAAGCCAACGUCAAAAACACGGCCUGUGUCAACUUAAACACAGAAAAGAUUGUUGGAUACGUGGGGAACGAUGUAAGCCCUGAUUUAAUUCCGACUCACAUCGACUUAACUAGUAUGACUGCAGACAGCUACCAUGAGCUGAUCAAAAUUUUCCACGACUCAAUGGGGGACGGUUACGCUGGCCUGGGCCUGGAUCCCUGUGAUAUAAAAGAAGAGCUUAACCAGGCAGUGCAGGGAACAGGACUCGCUUUCAUCGCCUUCACCGAGGCCAUAACCUUCUUCCCUGUCGCUCCUUUCUGGUCAUUCAUGUUCUUCUUCAUGUUGCUGAACUUGGGGCUGGGCAGCAUGUUCGGCACAAUUGAGGGGAUCAUCACACCGCUCGUGGACACUUUUAAAAUUCGCAAAGAAAUCCUGACUGUCGGUUGCUGUUUGCUGUCGUUCUUUGUUGGUCUAAUUUUUGUCCAGCGAUCAGGCAACUACUUUGUGUCCAUGUUUGACGACUACUCUGCUACGCUGCCCCUCCUCAUCGUGGUCUUAAUGGAAAACCUAGCUGUAGCCUGGGUCUAUGGCAGUGACAAGUUUUUCGAAGAUCUAAAGCAGAUGCUUGGUUUCGCGCCAUACCGUAUUUAUUACUACAUGUGGAAGUAUAUUACUCCUCUGCUACUUCUUGUUUUGCUGAUUGCUAGCGUCGUCCAAAUGGCCAUGAGUCCUCCCAGUUACACUGCCUGGAUCCAGGAGGAGGCCAAGGAGCAGUCAGUCCUUUAUCCUCCAUGGGGCAUGGCUAUGUGCUUCCUACUUUUCAUCUCUGCUAUAUUGCCCAUCCCCGUGGUGUUCAUCUUCAAAUAUUUUAAGUUGUGCAGCAAAAACAACAGGUCCUCAGAACAUAAUAAUAAUACAGACAGUCAGACAGACGCAAAUCUGACUGAUUAAGACAAUUCACAUUGUCUGCCUUAGGGCUUACAUGGAACAGAACAGUUCAUUUGCCAGCCCAUGGCACCUGUGCAUCAGGUUAACAUUAAAUGUCAUGUACAUACUAUUUCUUCAAUCAAAUUUUCUCCACAUAUCAUGGAGUCAUGAAACUGUUUUUCAUAUUGAAGACAAAUUCGUAGGGCAAAAUAUAGAUCAUAUUUUGCACGUCAUUACUUUUUCAUGUCUCCUCUGAGCAAUAGAGACCUUUAACCUGCAUUUCAGGUCUCUAAAAACAGAGCAUCACUAACAGUGACUGCCUUUAGUCCAAUCACUAACAUCGCUAAAUGUUCUGUAAGCAUAAAAUGUGAAUGUGAUGUUUGAUGUUGCACCAGGGUUCUGGAGAAACGUUCUCAUAUGGUUGAAAUGGCAAUUAAAGCUUGACUUGAAAUAAAACGUGCAAUAUUGCAUUUGUUUGGUAAAA